GUGCAGAGAUGUGGAAGCAGCCAAACAGGAUCAGAGCGAAUCAGAUCAGUCCGACAGCGAUGACUGUGUAGUUCACGGCGUGGCUUCAGGGAGGAAGCCCUCGGAGCGAGUGCGGGUGGAGGUGGUGGCUCUGAGCCUGAGGGCGGAGUCUCGUGUGGCGAUGGACAGCAGCGUGGUGCGUCUCUUUGUGGAGUACUCUCUCCUGGAUCUGCCCACAGAGGAAACGCCAAUGUCCCUCCCCAAACCCCUGCAGGGCAAGAGCAUCAACUUCAAUCACAGCAAAGUCUUUCCUGUGGAUGCUGAGAACAACGGGCCGAGGCGGCGGCUGCUGAGGGCCGUCCUACAGGGGCGACACUCUGAGAUGGAGAGAAUCAGAUUCAUGGUGGUGAGCGAGCCUCCAGAGGAGGAGGAGCAGGAGAGGGAGUGUGAGGACGUGGGUGUGGCCUUUGUGAGGAUCCCCGAGAUCCUGGAGAGAAGACGAGACCUGACGGAGACCACACUCCCAGUGGUGGAUGUUGUCGACAGCUCUCAGGUUGUAGGGAGUCUCAUUGUGUCAGUUGAAGGACUGGAGGCUCUCCAGGCCAUCAUGGAGGACCAGGACCAGGAACCAGCCCGUCUCCUUCCUGCUUCCAGCCGUGAUAUCGACAUGAGAUGAUGCUGUAGCGUGAUGAAACACACACGUGAAGCAGCUGGUGAAGUACAACAAUGAUGUUGUGUCACAGGUUUGCGUUGGUUCCUGCAGCAGAUCUGUCAUUGGACAGGACAAGUAGAUGUUUGAGUCUGAGGUCACGACCUUUGUCUGAACGCUGCUCAGAUUCAGGAUGUAAAGCGCCACCAUGUGGACGUCACUGAAACGCCUCGUCCGGCUCAUAUGUGAAAAAAUAAAA